AUGAGCGUCCAACUGCCCCCCGCCACACACCGCAAGCGCGCCCUCCCCCAAGGCGAGCUUGAAGCCGCCUCAACACUCAAGCUCGGUGCCGACCAACACACACACACGCUUUCACUCUCUGAAGCCCGUCUAGUUAUCCACAAAGUGCUCGAGAACAAGCGUCGUGGAGGCAACAAAUACGAAGAGCCGGAGAACCUGACCAAGACACUUGAUUACCUGGAUGUGUUUGCGCGGUUUAAGGAUGAGGAGAAUAUCAAGGCUGUUGAGCGGUUGCUGAAUUCGCAUACGGAGUUGGAGAUGUUCGAACGGUCACAGCUUGGGAGUCUGUGCUGUGACAACGCCGAGGAAGCCAAGUCCUUGAUUCCCAGUUUGCAGAAUAAGAUCUCGGAUGGGGAUUUGCAGGAGUUGCUGGAUGAGUUGACCAAACUGCGCAACUUCACGGAGUAA